AUGGGUUCAGUUUAUGAAAAACUUGUUGACACUUCACACAAUCCCCCAUCAACGGUUCAUCAACGUCAACGUUUGGAUCCUUCCAUUAAAGAAAAGGAAAGAAUCGAACGUCAAAGUGAAGAAGCAAAAAAUGAACCUGAUUAUUUUGAAAAGACUCGUAUCGAACCAAUAUUUACCAAAGUUGACUCAGAAUUGGCUCAUUCUGAUGAAGAAUUUCGUACCAAAAGUAGUCAAUUAUCGAAAGAAGAAAAAUCUUCUGAAGCUGGUAAAUUAGGCAUUAACGCUAAUGGUAUGGCCGACACUUUGAAUGAAGGGGAAAGAGAAAAAGACCAUAUUAAAGAAAUAUGGGUGUUCCUCAAAGAAAUAAAAAU